AUGUCCACUAAAGCGUCUAAACAUCGCAAAAGCGUCUCGUUCUCGGAGGAUGAAGAUGAACAGUGCUGGAAAGAGGAGAACGGCGGUGUGGACGCACAUCACAUGAAAUCCGUCAAUACAGUGAGCGAUUCAUCGGGAUAUUACCGCUACAACAUGAAAGUCUCGGAUACUUUUCUCCAUCGCAGGAUGACUCUACCACGAGAAAAGGGUCGUCGUCAGGCAGUUCGUGGGCCAGCUUUCCUGUUCAAUGCCCAUGGCAGCAGUCUUACGGCAGAAGAAGAACGCUUCCUGGAUGCAGCGGAGUAUGGCAACAUACCGGUGGUCCGUAAGAUGCUGGAAGAGCCCUCCAUGCUCAAUGUGAACUGCGUCGACUAUAUGGGACAGACUGGACUACAGUUGGCCGUUGGCAAUGAGCACCUGGAGGUCACCGAGCUGCUCUUGCAGCGAGACAACCUGGCCCGUGUUGGGGAUGCGCUCCUGUUGGCUAUUUCCAAAGGUUACGUGCGUAUCGUAGAAGCCCUGCUGGGUCACCCAUCCUUUGCAGGUGCAGAGCGACUGACUCACAGCCCCUGUGAGUUGCAGGAGGAUGACUUCUAUUCUUACGAUGAGGAUGGCACACGAUUCUCUCCCGAUAUCACGCCCAUAAUCUUGGCCGCCCACUGCCAGAAGUAUGAGGUGGUGCACAUGUUGCUUUUGAAAGGAGCCAAGAUCGAAAGGCCGCACGACUACUUCUGCAAAUGCGCCGAUUGCACAGAGAAGCAAAUGAAAGACUCGUUCAGCCACUCGCGGUCCAGGAUGAAUGCGUACCGUGGACUGGCGAGCCCAGCGUACCUCUCACUCUCCAACGAAGACCCUAUACUGACCGCUCUUGAGCUCAGCAAUGAACUCGCUAAGCUGGCCAACAUUGAAAAGGAGUUUAAGGAUAAAAAGAACCGUUACAAAGAGACAUCACAGCACAAUGGCUUCUUUCUGAAUAAUUACAGGAAGUUGUCUAUGCAGUGUAAAGACUUUGUGGUUGGCGUUCUGGAUCUGUGUAGGGACACUGAGGAGGUGGAAGCCAUUCUGAAUGGAGAUAUCUCAGCAGAGCUUGAGGAAGGGCAGCAUCAUCGCUCCCUGCUCAGCCGAGUCAAACUGGCCAUUAAAUACGAGGUUAAGAAGUUUGUGGCUCAUCCAAACUGUCAGCAGCAGUUGUUGACGAUCUGGUAUGAGAAUCUGUCUGGUCUUCGGGAACAAACCAUUGCCGUAAAGUGUCUGGUAGUUCUGGCCGUGGCAUUGGGACUCCCCCUGCUCGCUGUGGGGUAUUGGUUUGCCCCAUGUAGUAAGCUUGGUAAAGUACUGCGGAGUCCUUUUAUGAAGUUUGUUGCCCAUGCGGCCUCCUUCAUCAUCUUCCUUUGUCUGCUGGUGUUCAACGCAUCUGAUCGCUUUGAAGGCAUCACCACUCUUCCCAAUGUGACCGUAACGGACCACCCACUUCAGAUCUUCAGAGUCAAGACCACCCGCUUCACAUGGACAGAAAUAAUGAUCAUGAUCUGGGUAGCAGGAAUGAUGUGGUCGGAGUGUAAAGAGCUAUGGACGGAGGGCCCGAGGGAAUACGUCAUGCAACUUUGGAACAUUCUGGAUUUCGGGAUGCUGUCCAUCUUCAUCGCUGCAUUCACAGCUCGGUUUUUUGCCUUCAUGCAGGCCAUGAAAGCCCAGGAGUAUGUGAAUGAGAAGAUCCAUGCAUCAGACCUCUCGCUGGUCACUCUACCAUCAGACAUCAAGUAUUUUACAUACGCACGAGACAAGUGGCUUCCAUCAGAUCCUCAGCUAAUAUCAGAGGGUCUGUAUGCCAUCGCCGUGGUCCUGAGCUUCUCUCGUAUCGCCUACAUCCUACCGGCCAAUGAGAGCUUUGGCCCGCUCCAGAUCUCCCUAGGCCGCACUGUGAAGGACAUCUUCAAAUUCAUGGUCCUCUUCAUCAUGGUCUUCCUUGCAUUUAUGAUUGGCAUGUUCAUCCUCUACUCCUACUAUCUGGGGGCAAAGGUUAAUCCUGCCUUCACCACGGUCGAGGAGAGCUUUAAAACUCUGUUUUGGUCCAUAUUCGGGCUGUCUGAAGUGUCCUCUGUGGUUUUGAAAUAUGAUCAUAAAUUUAUCGAGAACAUUGGCUAUGUGCUGUAUGGAAUAUACAAUGUAACCAUGGUGGUGGUUCUGCUUAACAUGUUGAUUGCCAUGAUAAACAGCUCCUACCAGGAAAUAGAGGAUGAUGCAGAUGUGGAGUGGAAGUUUGCCCGGUCUAAACUCUGGCUCUCAUAUUUUGACAAUGGCAAGACUCUCCCCCCUCCCUUCAGCAUUGUCCCCAGCCCAAAGUCCUUCUAUCAGUGCAUAAAGAAACUGGUCAACCUGCUCCGUUGUCAUCAACGGCACCUGAAGAAAGAUGUGGAGCAGGGCAUGGACAACUCCAAAUCCAGGCUGAAUCUCUUCACCCAAGCCAGUAUGAGAUUACCAGAGUCUCACAGCUUCAACAGCAUCCUUAAUCAACCAACACGCUAUCAGCUAAUUAUUAAACGUCUCAUCAAACGCUACGUAAUGAAAGCACAAGUGGACAAGGAGAAUGAUGAAGUGAAUGAAGGUGAGCUGAAGGAGAUAAAGCAGGAUAUUUCCAGUCUGCGAUAUGAACUCUUGGAAGAAAAAUCCCAGGCCACAGAAGAGCUCUCUUUCCUAAUACAGAAACUCAGUGAUAAACUCAACCCACGCCCUGUCCUUACACACUGA